AUGGAGUCCAAGCGCCCAGAGAUCCUUCUUCUAUGUAUCGCACCCACAGACUAUCUUGGGGAUCGUGUUGAACCCCUUCUGAAACGCCUACGAGAACGCGCCAAUGUGAAGCGUGCGACAACCAUUGACGAGGCAUUGCGUGGCAUGGAAGCCAACCCCAAAGCCGUCAUCGUCGCUGAUGAAGGUGUAACUAUACCCGUCAACCGACUCGUCAUUGAGGAGCUGGAGGAUUACAUGCGCAGAGGGGGUUUGGCUAUUUUUGGCCUCUGUUUCCCCGGUUUCGUGACCAAGGACCGUUUCAGGAGCCUUUUCCGAGUGAGAAUAGGUUUGCCGUGGAUUAUAGGGGAUGAAGAACGAACCAGAUUUGAAUUUAACCCAGAGUGCACCCUUCCAGCCGAAACAGAGGCUAUCUCGCUCCCUACACUAUACAGCAUGGAGGCAGUUUUUAUUAAAAAUGCGCGCCCCAAGGAGAAGAUUUACAUUCCUGUCAAAGGUGCUAUGACGGAGCGGACGCGGCCUGAACCUGUCGACCAGACACAAGCUGCGGUGGUAGGAGCAAAGGUGGGCGAUGGAUAUGUGGCUUAUUGCGGGGAUACGAAUCCGGGUAAGCAGCUGGAACAAGUCAUUUUAGCCCUUUGCGGCUUUUAG